CGGCUCGUCACCUCGUAUCUCGACCUACUGAAACGGUUGAAGAGGAGAGGGGGGAAAGGCGGCAUGGAUGCCAAGGAAGGAGAGAAGGCGGCGGAUGCGGCCGCUGCUUCGCCUUCCUCUCCAACCACCAGCAGCUCGCGGGAGGCCCAGAAGUUGUCCUGCACCAAACACUUCGACGCUCUUUGGUUCUGCUACUCUCCAUUUCACCAGGUGCAACAGUAUUAUAGACAUGGAGAGUUUGAUAAUUGCUUUGGCAAAUGGAAUGCUCUUUUUGAUUGUUUGAACCUCAAGACCAAAAAGUCAUCUGAAGUUCAGGAGAUUUUAGUAGCUCGAGAGAAGGCAAAGCAACAUAUCUGGACGAUUCGCACGGUGGAGGAAGCCUCGGUGAAUUGGUGGAUGAUGAUCAAAUCCCUUCUUCCAAGGCUUUAUUGGGAACCACAGUCAUUCAAAACCAAGGUCUGAUGCAGUAGAGCCUAUUUUUGAAUUAUUUGAAUGAUAUGGUAGAUGCUGUUAAUCCAUUUGAUACCAAGUAAGAUGCUGUUUACCUCUAUAAUCUCUAAUAUUAUAAUGCAUGAUGAGCGAGAACAACCACUAUUGCACAUGCAGGCAACCAGUUAUUUUAUAAGCCAUUUCACAUGUAGAAAAAAGCAUGCCAUGCUAUGAUUCCUCAUCUUGGAUAUACAAACAACAAAUCAUACCGAUACGAUGGAUCGGACAACCUCC